GGUGUGCCGGCACAGCAGUCGCAGGUACGUGGAAAGCUCAAGGAGCGAAGCAGCAGCUCUGGGGGGAGUUUUCUGCGUGUCUUAUUGUCCUUUCAACCGCCGAGGGUCCGCGCCACUUCGGGCGAUACGGCGUAGGACCUUGGGGCGCUAAAACGGGGACGACCGAUGGGCCUUGGAUGGAGGGCACGGCCUCCUCUAGCCGCCGUUGGCUCCCGACCUCAGGAACGUUCGUACCGGAAAGGCAGACUGAAAGACUGACUGAACUUUCUCUGAGAUAUGGUGCUGCAUCUCUUCAGCUUACUCCCAAUCGCCGCAAUUCUCGCAGGUGGUUCAUACCACGUGACCGUCGGGGUUAUUACUUGAGCCGCCUGCCGAUUCCUUUGGAUUUCGUCACAUCUGCGCCCCUGCAGCUGGGCGGUGCUGGUCCCAGUUCAACUCCCUGGGUUGCUCGGGGGAAUCAGUUGAUCUACUACCUGUCCAUCGUGUCUCUGGUAAAAGAUCUGGCCCAGGGACUGUCGCAGUGUCUCAGUGAAGAACUAAGACAACAUGAUGGCCCAGUCUGGCCUCCAUUCUUCGAACUUGUUUGGGAAACUCCGCGGAACCUUCGAUUGCCGGCAAGGGAUGGAGAUAGUGCUCGGGGUCACAGCUCGCUUAUCUUGCCGAAUGCUAGCCCGAUCGAUGAGGCGAGAGGAGAAUGUGGAGUGGAAGGGAGGGGGAAUAAUGAACAAUUGAAUGAAGAGGGACUGAGUGCGUGAGUGAGCGAGUGGUUCUAGAAGGUGGCGAGGCGAAGUGGAAGGAGAAGAAGAAGCAACGCAGGGGUUGGUCAUGUGGUCUGAAAGAAUCCCAAAGGGGCAAGACCACUACUCACUCACCUACUCGGUAUCACUCCUCCGUACUGCUUGCUAUCUUCAUUCAUUCUUCAUCCUCUUGUCUUGUGAACCACUUAUCUGCUAAUCUCCUCUUGUCACCAGAAUCUUGUCACGGGACCCUCGAUAGCGUCUUGGCUGUCCACAAUUUACAGUCUUGGUUGCUGAUCAUCCGAGGCU